ACACUAUCUUCACGCGUUGCCACAGCUGCUACAAAACCUCGACGCGUCUGUCUCAAGCCCCGAAAGCCUCCCUAUUACCCAAAUUAGUUUGCAACAAAAGCGCCGGUAUUAAGGUACGACUAUAUCCGCACCAUAUAAAGCAGUCUCCCCGCGGCAAUUUGUUGCUGUCCCGUCCACUGCACAUUCUCACAGCCGACCGACGUUGCGACAGCCUCCGCCAGCCUUUCCGCAACCCCUUAAUCACUUAGCUAUACACCCCAGAAUACUAUGAACAUGUCGGACGGUGGAUCCCCCAAUAUGCAGCAGAAGCCCGAAGAUGGCGGUCAGAGCGAGCACCUUAACAUCAAGGUGACCGACAACAACAACGAAGUCUUCUUCAAGAUCAAGCGCACCACAGCGCUCGGGAAGCUCAUGAAUGCCUUCUGCGAUCGCCAGGGCAAGAAUAUCUCAAGCGUACGAUUCUUGUUCGAUGGUCAGCGCGUGACAGCUACGGACAACCCAGACACGCUCGAGAUGCAGGACGGCGACACCCUCGAAGUUCACUCGGAGCAGAUUGGUGGCUGCUGACGAACCAAGGACGGCCACGUUGUUCAAGCUCGGUACAAAACUUUGCACACUUGGACGAGCGGCGGCUAGGCAGUCACCUUACAUACCCGCAACCUCUCGAACCCCCCUAUCAAGAGAUGGAAGCUCUCAGUGGUGGAGAUGGCGGAAAAGAGAUACGGGUUUUUUUGCUUUCUGAUACGGAUAUCACGGGUUCUGGCGUCACGGUAUUAGCAAGGCCGCAUCGUGCGGCAUCUUUGUAUCUUCGUCAGUUGCUGGCGGGCGCGCUGUAUACGGACAUGAUUGAAUUUACAUCAUACUCUUCAAA